AAUGUAUCAUUCGUUCGCUGCGUUGCUGCUGCGCCUGUCGCUCGCUCGCUCGCCUCAACGCCUGCCUCGUUCGCUGUGGUCGUUAGAACAGUGUUUAUUUAGAUGGCUUACCUUAGAAAAAAGUAGAAGGUACUAAAUUUCUUAGUUUAAAUCAGUAGUGGUAUGAACAAUGGUCGUGUGUGUAAUUUCAUCUGUUCCUAAGUUCGUCGUGCAAUAGUGCAACAGGCUAUUCGGAAGUCUCGGAGGGUUCGUGUAAACAAGAGAACUCAGGCAGGAAUACCAAGAUGCCCACGGACUCGGAGUGCGAGUGCGACCUGGUGUCGAAAGAGUGGCUGCUGUCGAAGCUGCGGUCGGACGAGAGGGAUACGAUCCUGAUAGACUGUCGGGGCUCGAACGACUAUGCCGUGUCGCACAUUCGGUCGGCGGUGAACUUCUCGAUCCCAAGCAUCAUGCUGCGGCGGCUGGCGGCCGGCAAGAUCGAGCUGGCGUCAACGGUGCAGUGCAAGGAGCUGAAGGCGCGCAUCGCACACUGCCGCGCGCAGGGCACGUUCGUGCUAUACGGCGACGACGCGCGUCCAGACCCCGACUCCGUGCACGGCAUCCUCCUCAAAAGACUCAAGCAAGAUGGCGUGCACGUAGUCUGCCUCGAAGGAGACUUCGCGGAGUUCCACCGCUCGUACCCGGAGUGGUGCAGUGAGGCGGGGGCCCAGCACGUGUCUCAUCUGCCUCUCAUGGGACUACGGUCCCUGCGCAUCUCAGGGUCGGGGUGCGAGGACGCGUUGUCAUCAGGCUCGUCGUCGGAGUGCGAGGACGCGGGCCCCCACCAGCAAGACUUCCCCGUGGAGAUCCUGCCCAACCUGUACCUCGGCAACUCCACCAACAGCGAGGACUGCGACGCGCUCGCCCGGCACAACAUCAAGUACGUGUUGAACGUGACCCCGGACCUGCCGAACACGUUCGAGGCGGCGGGCGGCGUCAACUACCUCAAGAUCCCCAUCGCCGACCACUGGAGCCAGAACCUCGCCGUGCACUUCCCGCAGGCCAUACGGUUUAUUGAGGAGGCGAUGUCGGCGCGGUGUGGCGUGUUGGUGCACUGCGUGGCGGGGGUGUCCCGCUCGGUGACGGUGACGCUGGCGUACCUGAUGCAGCGCCACCGCCUGUGCCUGCGCGACGCCUUCGAGCUGGUGCGCUCGCGCAAGACCGACAUCGCGCCCAAUUUCCACUUCAUGCGGCAGCUGCACUCCUUCGAGCGGGACCUGGGCCUCCACGAACACAGCGCCAGCCUGAGUAAGGUGCUGGCGGCGCUGGGCGGUGAGCUGCGCGCGCCGGACUCGGGCGUCAGCAGCGUGGGGUCGGCGGGGGGUGGCGGCGGGGGGGCGGGGCCCGGCGGGCGCGCGGCCGGCGCGGGGCGGCGCGUCGCCCGACUCGGGCAUCGAGUUCGACCGCUGGAGCGCGGCCCGCGACACGCCGCAAUGACAGUUCUUCACCGCGCCCAGCGAGCGCCGCGACUGAGCGCCCCGCGGCCGUCGGGGCCCCGGAGCGUAGGCUUAAGUGAAAAUACAUAUUCGUAAGUCAAUUUUAUAAGUUUGAUAACUAGGAUAUGGAUAUGCAUUCCCGAAUCUAUCUUCCCCGAUGCUAUGCAUUUGUCUAUUUUGAAUACGAUAUAUUUUGGUUGUUCGACUUUCCCCGGCUAGAUUGCGUCGUCUCCUCCGUGAGGAUAUUGUUAAAAUUGAAAAGGAAUAAAAUAUGUAUAUUUUUUCAUAGAAGGCCGCCCGUGCGGCUACCACAGGGCUUCUGACGAUUCUUCCAUUGUUGUUGAUAUAAUUUGUAUUGUAUGGUAGCGACUAGUGGAGUGAGAGGUGUGAAUGUGAUAUACGUAUAAGUAUGUAGUGCUAAUUGAUAAAAUAUAAUUAUUUACAAUUUGUAACGAUACAUUGACCACUGAAACAUUGUUGCUACUUGGAUUUUAUUUGUACGAGUUAUGAUAUUGUAACUAAGAGUAUAUUCUAUCGUAAUAUAGACAAAAUGAAAAUGUUACACUUUAUUUUUCUAUCGACCUUCAGCAAUCUCCGCAAGGAGUGAAGUGAACGCGCCACGCGGUGCUACACUGUCUGCUUGCAUGGUGUGAGACAUUCUCAAAUGAGUAUUUUUGUAUGAAUUAUAUUAUAACAAUAAAUUAGAUAGUUACAUUAUAAUGAACAAUAGACAAACUUUAAUAGAUUAUUACUUUGUAGACAAUGCAAAUAGGAGGGUAAGUUAAAUAUUUCCAUUGGCAUUUAUUGUUAUCUGUCUAAGAGUCAUAUUCAGUUUCACCCACUGUAUUGUAAACAAGUGGCAAGCUUUAACGUUAAGUAUUGAAGUAUGUUAUUAUGAGAACAUAGUAAAUUGUUACGAAGUGUAAAUUUGUUGUAGAAGUAAGGUUUAUAUUGAGAUUCUGCUUCCUGAACAUUGGAUGCCAACUUUAGUAUGGAGCACUGAUAAAAUUAUAAAAGCAUGUGGAGGACGCUAUCGUGUUGCGGCGCCACUCAUUACCGUGCACUCGGUUUAUACGUAGAUAUUGUUCGCACGUACAAGUUUAGGUGGAAGUUCCUCAAUUAAUUUGGUACAUAUUCUAUCUUUAUGUACACAUUAGUUGCACUCUAUUGAAAUUUUUAUAUUUGUAGACGUAAUCUAAUAAUAAUUGUAAUUAUAGUGCACAAAGUGAAUGAUGGCCAGUUGUGAGGGGCCGCGCGUGCGCCGGGUGGGGAGGGGUGACGCCGUGCCCCGGUCACGCUAACAACAUGUGUUUGUACAUAAUUUAAUCGUAACACUUCUGUUUAAAUUGUAACAUAAAUACAUGUUGUACAAUGUACAUGUUUUACAAAUCUUUUUAGUGCUUUCCUAAAAGUACCUAAAGCCACACGGCUCACGUAAUAUUAACCUCAAAACAAAUAUAAACACUGUUAAUUGA